AUGGAUGUCUUCGCGCAACAGAAUAAAGAUACAGGAGAAAAUUCUCAAACGGAAAGCGAAGACGUUCAAGAUUGUAACAGGCAAUUAUGCGCAUCAAGAGUUCUUGCCUGUCAACUAAUGCAUUUAUGCCUAUUUGAUCAACAAAUCAUCAUGAAUACGACUGUUAUUGACACUCCUCUUCCUACUGCAGCUACAGCUGUAGGCAGUCAAAAUAAAAAUUUAACAGAUUGUAUUGAUUGUUUAAAUCACUUGGCUUUUCCCUGCUGUGGAUGUUUAAGCAUUUGUCAGUUUAUUUCUCAAUCCGUUGCCAACCGAAAAGAGGUUAAUCAUACCAUAGUCUCACUCGAAAAGCCAGUUGAAGGAUUAUUUAACGCAUUUACAUCUUUAGGAAAAGGUCCUAAAGAUACCACGAUCUCAGUUAUCAAGACAUCAUCCGGUAAGCAUUUUGAUCACGAUAAAGUAUAA